AUGAUAAGAUUAUUGCAAUAAUAAUAGUAAUUCAGAAAUCAAGUGAGAUAUUCCUUAACUCAUUCUGAGGCUAAGUUGAGAAAAUCCUUAUUCAAUAAUUUUCCUAUAGAAACAACAAUGUACAUCGAACUUUUGAAAGGAUAAAAGUAUAGGGGAAUAGCAUCAAUGAGUUUUGAUUUGAAAGAGGCAAAAUCUUUGUUUCUUGAUUGCCAGGGUUAGGAUGUAUCAUCAUUAAUUGUUAAUAAUCAAAGUCUUUAAAAUAUUAAGUAAGAUGGAAAUAAAUUAUGGAUAGAAUCAGGGUUGAAAAAAGACUUAAAUAGGAUUGAAGGUAUAAUUUUGAUAAAUAUUAAGUUUAUUUUCAAAACUAGUAUUCUACAACAGGUCAUGGCUUACAUAGUUUUAUGGAUCAUGAAGAUUAAUAUGUAUAUUCAUAAUGUGAACCACAUCAUGCAUCUAAAAUGUUUCCUUGUUUCGAUUAACCUGAUCUUAAGGGAACAUUUAAAUUAUUUGCUUAUGCACCAAGAGAAUGGAAAGUUAUAAGCAAUGAAAGAUAUCUUGAGAAUCCAAAAAUACCUUAAUUUAUUUAUGAAAAGGGUUAUUUUCCUAAUGAUUCACAAUAUAAAAUUUGGGAGUUUGAUAAGACUAAGCCUUUAUCUACUUAUUUAUAUGCAAUUUUAGCAGGACCAUAUGUAGAAAUUAAAGCACCAGAAGAAUUGCUACAUAAUUCAAUACCAUAAAGUUUAUAUUGUAGAAAAUCACUAUUAAAAUUUGUAAUGAAUGAUGCUUAUUCUAUUUUUAAAGUGACUUCUGAUAGUAUGAAAUUUUUUGAUGAUCUUUUCUAAUAUAAAUAUCCUUUUGGAAAGUAUGAUUAAAUAUUUUGUCCUGAAUAUUCAACAGGAGCUAUGGAAAAUGCAGGUGCAGUGACAAUUAAUGAUUUAUAUGUAUUUAAAGAACCUGUACCUAAAUCUUAAAUAGCAUCUAGAGCAAAUACAAUAAUACAUGAAUUAUCUCAUAUGUGGUUUGGUGAUUUAGUAACUAUGGAAUGGUGGGAUGAUCUUUGGUUAAAUGAAAGUUUUGCUGAAUUCAUUGCACAUUUAUGUUAAGAUAAUGUUUGCUAAGGAGAAAAAGUUAAUUAUUGGGUAUAAUUUUUAGAAAGAAAACUUUGGGGAUAUGUAACAGAUGAAAAAUCAACUACUCAUCCUAUUUAUUGUUAAAUUGAUAAUACUGAUUAGGCUGAAAAUAUAUUUGAUGGUAUUACUUAUGCGAAAGGAGCUGCUUUAAUUAAAUAGAUAUAUUUUACUAUGGGCAGAGAAGGUUUCUCUAAAGCAAUGGGACUUUAUUUUUAAAAACAUGCUUAUGGAAAUACAAAAUUAAGCGAUUUCUUUAAAUCUAUGAGUAUCAAUAAGAAUGUAAAUUGGGAAGAAUUUAAAUAAGAAUGGAUAAUGACAUCUGGAUUUAAUAUUCUUUCUUAUACCUCAGAAAAUAAUCAAAUAAUCAUAAAACAAACUGGUUCAUAUUUAAGAAAACACUCCUUAACUAUUGGAUAAUUUAAUAAUAAUGAAUGGGUUAUAUCAAAAAUUGAAGUUGAUGCAAAAGAAAUCACAACUAUAAAGCUUGAUGGAUUGAAAUAAAACACUUUACUUAUUCUCAAUUAUAAUGAUGAAAAUUACAUUAAAGUUAGUUAUAAUAAAGAAUAAACAUAAAUGCUAUUAUAAAAUUUAUCAACAAUUAAUAAUAGUUUAAAUAGAUUAUUAGUUCUUCAAUCUAUCUUUGAUUAAGUAAGAGAUGGACAAACAUGCUUUUUAGAUUUCUAAUAAGGUGUGUCAAACUUCCUUAAACAUGAGAGUGAUGAUACAGUUGUUAAAAUUGUACUUAAUUGGUGUGCUGCAGGUGUUAAUAAUUAUACUCCUUAUAAAUAUAGAGCAUCAAUAAGAGAAAAUUUAGCAAAUACAGUUAAAUAAUUGAUAGAUUGCACUUAAGAAUAAAGUAAAUUAUUAACUUUAAGAUCUCAUUAUAUUAAUUGGUCUAGAACAAUUGAGAGAUUGUCCUCCAUUAAUAUUGAUGAAAUUGGAGUCAAAGAUGGAUGGAUCUAUAUUUAUAAUUAGUUUUUAUACAAUUAACCUUCAUGGAAUCUCUUUGAUAAUUUGGCUCUUAAAGAUGUAGACAAUAAAAAACACAAAAGAUUCUUAGAAUCUUUGACUAUUGAUAAAGAUUAACUUUGGUCAUAUUUUAUUAAUUUUGAUAAACAUGAAAGUGUUUAAUAAGUAUCUUAAGUCAUGAGAGCAUUUAAUCAUGAAAAAUUCAUUGAUUAAUUAGGAAAAUAUGAAUCAAGAUUCUUUGAUAUUAUUGUUUAAGUUUUUGAAACUAAAGAAUCUGAAUAUGCUAAAGCUUUCUUUAAUAAUCUAUAUCCAGUUGGUGAAAAUCUUGAACUUUAUUAAUUAUUAUCAAAGGAAGCACUUGCUAAAACAAAAAAUGAUUUCUUAAUCAAAUUAUUAAAAGAGUCUAUUGAUAUUAAUGAUAAAAGAAUAAAAGCGUACAAGACCUUUAAAUGA